AUACAUGUGUCGGAACAAUAAUAUCCUGAUAAAACGUUGAUUUAAAUAUCAUAUGGAAAGGCCAAAUGGAGGGUUUACACUUCCGAAAUACGACGGCUGACGACUACAAUGUUGUUGUUUCCUUACGUGAAAAUGUGUAUGAUGGACUUGAUUACAUUCCAAGCCGGUAUCAUCAGUAUUUAGACAUUUUCACUGGAUUAGGAGGAUACAUUGGCACAGAAAUGAAUAUAUCAAUUUUCAAAACAACAUUGACGGCCAUUAAACCUUUGGUGAAGACUAAACACAUCUCACCAUCACUACAGACCGUCGAUCAAGCAUACCUUCAGCAUGUCUUUUCGUGUCCUCGUGCUUCUGCUUCAUUGUUUCCUGAAAACAAAAUCAUCGUUUCUUGUCUGCCAUACAAACCUAUACCAUCAAAUAUCGAACGUAUCGUGAAAUCGGUGUCCGAAAUGUUAGCUUCAGGCACCAAAGAUAGCAUCUGCCCACAUGAAUUGUCAAUGAAGUCCGCUGCCACCGAAGACGAUUGCGUAGCUGGUAGAGUUUUGUUCCUCGAUAUCUUCGGCGAUAUAUCUAAUGAGAAAAAUCUAUCUGAUCAUAUCUACAAACAGACGGGAAAAUUCUUGACCAGUUGCAAAGGAGAAGACCUUGUGCUGUAGGCUACGUUUCCGACACAACAGAGUACUGAUACACUUUAUCGAAUUAUAUCAGAAUAUACUUGGGCUUUGGUUGAGAAGAAGGUGCUGUAUGGAUUGGUACAGUCCAUCUUACGUUUGCGUGAAAGGGUUUGAACUAAUAUAUCAACAUUAACAUAGAAUGCGCUAAGUUAGGAAUCAUCUUUAGUAGACAAGUGUUUUUUUAUGUAUUGGAGGAAUGAUUUUAAAAACAUUUUAAUUUUAUCGAGUUUUUCUUGGUAUCGUCGGAUUUCUGAAGAUUGAUGAAAGCUUACAAGCCUCUAGCCCACUGCAUCCCGUUGUAUGAUCGCACGAGGCGAUUUUGCACCGCUUCACUAUCACUGUUGAUACGAUUACUAUAUAAGAUAAACCUUUUGGACUUGUAUGGCCAGUCUUUGUUUAAUAUAAACGUGAUUUGUUUUCAAUUACUUCUGGACUAUACAUUCUUUCUUACCUAUUAACUGUAUGCUUUUGUUUUAUUUUGUCAGGAAGUUAUUCAGUAAAUCAAAAUAAAUUUUACGAAAUAUAGUAAUAGACAAUGGGAUUUAAUAAAGAGAGAUUAUAAGAAUAGUUAUGUGCUUUUAACCUUCACUAAUUUCCUUUCAAACAGUCAUUUAUUUCAUCUUUGGUGGCUGGACUAUGAGGAUUCCAUUCUAAGCUAGUGCUUCAGAUUAUUUUUACGACGGAAACAAGUUGAAACUGUAAUUCCUUUUCAGUUAAGAUUAGCUAUAUGUAAUUAAAUAUCAAUGAAAUUAUAUUGAUGAUGUAGGAUAAAAUACCUUAUCCACGUGGGAUUUUGUUAACUUCAAAUUCGCCAACAGGUAGAAAGAUGCCACUUACAUCAGUAAUAUCCUUCAUCAAAAGUAAGUCGAAGCUAACAUACUACCGUACUUCAUAAACAGAAAUGCCCUUGUUUGCAGACAGAGCUUCUAAUAACAAUCUUUGUUUAUAAAUAAAAUUAAAUAACCUGUUCGUAAAAAGAACUAGGCUUGCUCAAUAAUCAAUCUAUCUAUAUAUUUUCAAAUUUUGUCGGAAGACAAAAUCCUAGCUAUUUCCGCUUUUGUAUUACAUUCCUUCCAAAUACACACUUAUUAUAAGGAUAUGGACCGCCCUAUAAUGUUGCUUCUAUCAUAUAUGCCGAUCGAUGUCGAUUUCUUUAUGAUAACAACCCUUCUCCUCAUAUCUAUGGUGUAAACAUGUCGCAGUUGUUUCGGUUUUAAAGAGUUUGCUCUUAAUGUUAUGAUUUCCAUGAUAAAUGUCGACAUAGGGUUUUCAAGAAUGCAGCCUGAUGAAGACUAUGGACAAGGUUUAUAGUCUCAUUAAUAUUUCACAGGGACAUUUGCUAUGUUGCUGUUUAAUAUGAAAGUUGAUCUUUUGAUUAUGUUCAUUAAUGUGCCUUGUGGUUUCUUGUCACUACCAGAGUUCUUGGUUAAAGGACGUGAAAUCAAUUGAAUUUGACUAAGAUUCACAAUGUACAUGGCGGGCGUCGUAUAUGAAGCAGUAGAUGCUUAGCCUUUGGAACAACGAGCCUUAUUUUACUUUUACUUUUGCAAGGGUAUCCAAGUCAAUUUAUUUUUAUCCAUAUUUUGGAAUCGUUUUACCGAUUUAGCGUUCAAAUAAUGGUUUUGUUAACACUACCCUUGUUAAAAUCAAUGACGUUAAAAUAUUUAUUUUAGUGAAUCGAUCUGGUGUUAUCACCUGUUAAGAUGCGUAAUAUACCAAAUCAUUUAUUUAUUUUGAUGAGAGAAUAUUUGCAAGCGAUAUGAAAUUUCAAACUAUGAAUAUAUUUGUCAACAGCAGCUUUCGAUUAUGCUGGUCCUUAUGUAGUAAUCAAUAUAAAUGACAAAUUUAACUUAGCGUUCAUGAAUACAUUGCAAUAUGAUUUUACAUGAUAUUAUUAGUGUAAUGAUUAUUUAAGAGUGACAUCUGGAAAAUACAUACAUAAAGUACACAAUGCAUUGGAAAUCUUUUAAAAUAUUUAGAAUACUGUCAUACUGUGAACUCACUAAUUUUCUUGGUGAUACAAUUUCUUUGAAUUCCUACGUCCACGAAGAAAUUACAAGUUUGACAUAAAAUUUUCUUCGUUGGAGAUUUGUAUAGAGUUUUUUUUUUUCAAUUUCGACAUAUUUUUCACUUCAAUGAAAUUCGCUCCGGUAACAUUUCGAUCAUUAUUAGAUGAUGAAAAAAUUCAGGAAUUUUAUCCAGUUUUGUACUAAAAAAUAUAUAGAUAAUAACGUUAAUGAGCUGAAGGUAAGAGUAAAGUAGGAGAAUAAAGGCCAAGGGAUUGCGAAAAAGAUAGAAGAAUAUUGCAUACAUAAUCUCUCCAAUAUAGCACGCGAAGAAAUAUUUACUUCGUCCUCGUCGAUUGUUCUGGGGGGAAAAAAACCCGAAAAACAUCUGCACGUGUUGCAGGCUAUUCACCUGGAAAAACUUCCUAACUUUAAAGCAUAGACAACACAGAUAUGGUAGACCGAAAAAAGCCAUUUAAUUUUAAUUAUUUAAGAGUGACAUCUGGAAAAUGCAUACACGCAGCACAUAUUGCAUUGGAAAUAUUUUAAAAUAUCUAAACCUGAUUAACUUUUAAACGUUAUCUACUGUCAUGCUUCGAAAUCACUAAUUUACUUGGUGUUCCACUUCGUUGAUUUCGUAGGUUAUCCUCAUCCACGAAUUCAUAGGUCCACAAAGUAAUUACAAGUUCUUCCAACGGAAUUUGUUUUUAGAACGCAACUACACUAGCAUGCUUUAAGACAAAACUCAUCGGAGACGUUUUUGUAUACCUCUUGGGCUGUUAGGACUUGUGUGGACUGGCAUGCUGUCGAUAGGGAAGGCCAGAGUGUUAAACGAUUCGCCAAAUACUCAUUUAAAGAAUGGAAACAGCACAAUGAAAGCAAAAUAUUUCAGCGACAUGAAUGACCAAUUUAAUUUUUGACAGUAGAUGUGUAAAAACUUUAAAUAAGGGAAAAUGACAUUAUAUUUUUAUUGUUAUUAUCAUUUUUAUCAAAUAAAUUAUCAUCGCCUCAGACGAAAAUUAUUUAGUAUCUGUCUUAUUAUAUACUUAUUUCAAUUGAUAUACUUAUAUAAUUGUAAGUAAAUAUAUAACUAUAGAUAUGAAUAGGGGCUUCGCACAUUCAACCUAACGCAAUAUAAUAGUGUGUAUUAACA